CAUUGAAUCUGCGCGGAGGUAAAAGCAGCACCAGAAAGGAGGUGUUUUGAUUGGCUACGGCGCCAUCUCUUCUCCCGCAGCAACGGCUCCAGAUAAACUUCCAACGUUAUCAACAUCAAACUGAGGCUCCCAAAAUCAAAAGUUUACAUAUGCUGUAAAAUCCCCGUCACAGAACACCGCGUCAUCCUUCUUUCUAGUAAUUACAAAUCCUGAAACGCAUGCUAUCGACAAUACUCUUGAAUGAGGGAACAGCUAUCCAACACCUAUUCACCUAGUGACUCAAGCCAGGUGUCCUCCGCCAAGGGCUCUCCGCAAAGAUGGACGCUGCAGGGCUUUUCGCAAAACUCCUAGACCGCGUCCAGUUCGAAUUCAGUGUGUGCAAACCCCUCAUACCGACAUACAGCCAUCUUGUAGUGUCCGCUCUCUUCCCCAUCUACAUCGGAGCCCAUGCGUCCUUGACAAGACCGUCGUCGGCAGCCAAGCCAACCAAACCCAAGCGCAAACGUUCAAACAAUAGUGAUGGGGAAAAUCAGGAAGACAGUGACGAAGAGGACGAGGAGGAUGAAGAGGAGGAAUCAAGCGUGAAGAGAAUGGAAGGCCUCGAGCCAUCUGACGCCAUCAUGUUCCCCAUCAUGGCCGGCCUGACGCUGUGUGGCCUAUAUCUCCUGAUCAAAUGGGUGGAGGACCCAGCCAUCCUCAACAAGUUCCUAGGUUUUUAUUUCUCGCAGGCGGCCCUUGUCUUUGCCGUCGCGUUUAUGCGGGAUGGGUUUUCGCUUUUGCAAUCUUUGAUUUUCCCAUCCCGCUACGCUCUAGGUGGGCGUAUGUGGAAAGCAAACCAGCGCAAGAGGGUUUUUGUACCCGUUGGAGAUGACGACUUGCCCCUGGCAGAUAUAAACGAGGAGGAGCGUCGCAAGUCCCCUCUUCCAGGUUAUCUAGGUAACAUUCCCUUGCCAGCCUCGUUUCUAAAUACCCUCUGGGACAUACGCAACUUUCUCUAUACAAGAGCAACGCUACGAGCCUACAUCCACGCCAUCGUCGAAGCCAAAAGCCGCUUCACAAUCUUAGACGUCAUAAGCAUUAUUAUCGCGCUCGCGGCCGUGUAUUUCUUUACUUUUGUGUCGAAGCCGUGGUGGUUAACCAAUUUCCUCGGCUUCAGCGUCUCCUACGGCGCCAUGCAGUUCAUGUCGCCCACGACGUUCGGGACGGCCUCCCUGGUCCUUGGCGCCUUGUUCUUUUACGAUAUUUAUUUCGUCUUCUUCACCCCGUUAAUGGUUACCGUUGCCAAAAGUCUGGAUAUACCCAUCAAGUUGGUCUUCCCGCGCCCUGCGACGCCAGGAGCGGAUCCUGCUUUGGAGAGCAUGGCUAUGCUGGGGCUAGGCGAUAUUGUGGUUCCUGGUAUGGUAAUGGGUUUAGCGCUGCGGUUUGACCUUUUCCUCUACUACAAGGCGAAGGCCGCUCGGUUGGAGAGAUCUGAAAAAAUCCCAUAUGUCAGCGCCACUGGUCGUUGGGGUGAGCGUUUCUGGACAACGUGGUUCACAUCCACAUCCAGAUAUGAGCCUAUCGUUUUCCCCCAGCGCCUGGAUGGGAAGCUUACGUCACACGAAGCAAAGAACUUCCCCAAAACAUACUUCCAUGCGAGUAUUGUUGGGUAUGUGAUUGGCAUGCUGGCUACCCUGUUGGCAAUGCAGAUCUCCCAUCAUGCCCAACCUGCUCUUCUCUAUCUUGUCCCAUGUGUGCUUGGAUCUUUGUGGAUACCUGCCCUCGUGAAAGGUGAUAUCACUGAGAUGUGGAAUUUCUCCGAUGUGGUUGAGGAGGAAGAGGAAAACGAGGCGGAGAAGGGGAAGGAUUCGGGCGAUAAGAGUGAGAAGAAGGAGGAGAAAGAAACCAUUUCCCCAUCUGGAAUCAUCCGUAGGAUGUUUUUCGAGCGUGAUACUUCCAAAGCACCGGCCUCCGCAUCCUCACCCUCUUCCUCAGCUACGAAAUGGCCUGAACCCACCAAGGACAGCAGCGAAAAGAACGACGAUAAGACCAAGAAACCCGCAACAAAUGAAACUUCCAAGUCUAUAAGCCUAUUUUCACUUUCCAUUUCCAUCCCCAAGUCAAAACUGCAACCGGGAAAAGAUACCUCCUCCUCCUCUGCGACCACCAACAGCGAAGAAGAACAUGCGGAGAACGAUUCAAAGACAGCAAAUGAAACUAAACAAGAACAACAACAGCAACAAGAUGAAGACCUCGACGGCUCCGAUCAGGAAAGCGAACCCUCUUCAUCCUCCUCCUCUACACCCGUCCUUGUAGGUGCUAAUCCUGAUGCGGACGUCAAAGAGCCAGCGCUGAAGAAGCGAAGAACGUAGGGGAUAUAUGGCUAUGACUUUAUCCAUUUUUGUUUUUUGUUUUUGUGUGUGCGUGUGUGUGUGUGUCUGGGCUAUUUUAUAUAUGGUAUAUGGUAUGGUAUGUAAGAGAGAUAUAUGAAUGUUUAAUAAUUGUUGCCUUCUCCUUUUUUAUUUUAUUUUAUUUUAUUCUAUUUUAUUUUUUUGCAGUGGAUUCGAUUCGAUUGUUUUCAUUCAAUGGGUCUUACAGGCGUUUGGGUAGGAUAGGAAACCCCAUAGGGAUGGAUUGCGGAAGGGUUAUAACGGUGUUAUUUUGACUGGGUUUGAUGAUCUAUGUUAAUACCCGUUUUACGCAUACAUUCAGUUGUGAUGACUAGAUAUUCCCCCGUCGCUGUACAGUUACUUCUCUCUGGCCUUUGCCCUCACAUUUUAUCCUUGGUGAUAGAUAGGAUUCGACGUGCUAGAGAUAAAUGGGGAGAUGGGUAACUAAUACAACCAGUUUCUGCUUGGUCCUGGCUUCCUCGGCCCUCGAGGGAAACAUAUCUCUAUCCAGUUCUCGCUGAAUACAUGAUGUGAUAUGUUGAGUGGAUGGAAGGAGAGAAAAGAGAACCGGAGUUACGGGGAACCAUAACGUUCGGCUCCCUGGUUAGCUCAUGAGUUGUUUACGCUCACACUUAUCGUGUAUAGCAAGAACUCUAGAAUGAAAAAUGCUCGUGGAUCUAUAAAUGGGCAUGCCAUGCUACAUACAUAUCAAAGUUUCGAAAAAGAUUCCAUUCCA